ACUUCCGGGUGAGUGUUAGGGGAGGGAGGGGGCCACCCACUGCCUCGCGCCCCCGCCCUGCGGGUGUCUCGCGCGCGAUCCUUGCGUGUGAGUGUGUGGGUCUGUCUCGCGCCUAAAGUGCGUGCCCGCGCGCUCGCCUGACGCCCUCCCCCUCCCCUCGCCCCCUCCGGGUCCUCCCACCGCACUCGGCUCCCUCCUUCCCAGCAAACGCCGCCCCUCCCGCGCUCUGGCUCGGCUCCGGCGCCGCCGCAGCCGCCGCCGCCGCCUGGUGAGUCUCGCCGCCGCUGCAGCCGGCGCGCGCCGAGCUCUCUGCUCCUUCCCCCUCCCCUUUUCCUUGGGGGGGGCGGGGAAGGGGGGGGGGGUCCACGAUGGGACUGUACGUGUGUCCGUCCCGGAACCGGAAGUGGUUGUGGAGGAGCGGGCGAUGGGGAGGAAUGGGGGGGUUUAGGGGGCGGGUGUCUGUCUGGUGGGUGGCAGAGUUCAGCUCCCUGGAGGGGAAGGAGGGGCGUCCCAAAGAAGGGUCUUUGAGGAACGGCUGGUGGGCGACCUCAGGAGAAGGCGCCCAGGGGCUGUCUCAGGGCAGAGAAGGUGUUUAGGGCACAGCCGGGGACUCCUGUAGCUAGACCACUGUGCAGGCUGAGGGAGGUACUUCUUGGCGCAGGGCCUUGGGUAGGCAGGGGCGAAGUCCUCGCAGAGUGGGGGGAGGCCAGAGGAAGUGCCUGGGCCUGAGCUGGCACUGUGCCUGACACAAGGCCUUGUGCAUCCCCCCAGUCCUCAGCUUUGCCUUCUGAGUCAAUCCUCGGGAGGCAGGGACCCUUCUCUUCUUCCAACUCUUCUGUUCUCUGACCCUUGGUCACCUGGGGGCCCCCCGGGAACUUAGAAGAACCAGUGUCUGAGCCCAGGGGUGGAACCCACACAGGGGUGGUAGAGUUCUUCUCAGUCGCUGGGAAUUGGGUUUGUUUUCCUUGUAUCCACAUAGGGGGUGGCUCUGCACUCCUGUUACUGUAUCCUUGCAUCUCUGGAUCCCUAGGUUGAGGUGGGGUGGGAGAUCUGCCUGCCCUCCAGUCUUGAGUGCUGACAGGCAAAGAAUUCCUGAGCUUCUCCACAGUUCCCUGGUGGCUGCAUCCUCACCGGCCCCUGUAACCCCGACAAUUUGUUUACAGAAAGUUCAGGAGCCCUGGAAAGGACAAGGAAUAAGACGACAGGAGGAAGAGAGAGAGAGGGUAGAAUGGAAGAGUCUCACUUCAAUUCUAACCCGUACUUCUGGCCUUCAAUCCCCACGGUCUCAGGACAGAUUGAGAACACGAUGUUUAUCAACAAGAUGAAGGAUCAGCUGCUGCCAGAGAAGGGCUGUGGGCUGGCUCCGCCCCACUACCCCACCUUGCUGACAGUGCCUGCCUCGGUGUCCCUGCCCUCGGGCAUCAGCAUGGACACAGAGUCCAAGUCAGACCAGCUGACCCCACACAGCCAGGCGUCGGUCACCCAGAACAUCACGGUUGUCCCCGUGCCGUCGACAGGACUGAUGACCGCCGGUCCCGGCCUGGUUAUCACGUCCCCCUCAGGCUCCCUCGUGACCACAGCCACGUCAGCUCAGACCUUCCCCAUCUCGGCUCCCAUGAUUGUCUCAGCUCUUCCCCCUGGCUCACAAGCCCUGCAGGUGGUCCCCGACCUCUCUAAGAAGGUAGCAUCGACCCUCACCGAGGAAGGCGGCGGCGGCGGUGGCGGUGGCGGCGGCACCGUGGUGGCCACUAAGCCCCCCCGGGGCCGGAAGAAGAAGCGGAUGCUGGAGUCGGGGCUGCCCGAGAUGAAUGACCCUUAUGUCCUCUCCCCUGAGGACGACGAUGACCAUCAGAAAGACGGCAAGACCUACAGGAGCGAAGGGAACUGCGGCACAGGAAAUGGACAGAGCCUUGGGCUCAUGGAUUCAGUUCCCGGCUCCACCACGAACUUGCUGUGUGACCCUGGGUGCCGGAUGUGCUCCCUGACCUUCUACUCGAAGUCGGAGAUGCAGAUCCACUCCAAGUCCCACACCGAGACCAAGCCCCACAAGUGCCCACACUGCUCCAAGACCUUCGCCAACAGCUCCUACCUGGCCCAGCACAUCCGUAUCCACUCAGGGGCCAAGCCCUACAGUUGUAACUUCUGUGAGAAAUCCUUCCGCCAGCUCUCUCAUCUCCAGCAGCACACCCGAAUCCACACCGGGGACAGGCCGUACAAAUGUGCACACCCAGGCUGCGAGAAAGCCUUCACACAGCUCUCCAACCUGCAGUCCCACAGGCGGCAGCACAACAAAGAUAAACCCUUCAAGUGCCACAAUUGUCACCGGGCGUACACAGACGCGACCUCGCUGGAGGUGCACCUGUCCACGCACACAGUGAAGCAUGCCAAGGUGUACACCUGCACCAUCUGUAGCCGGGCGUACACGUCGGAAACGUACCUGAUGAAACACAUGCGCAAACACAACCCUCCUGAUCUCCAGCAGCAGGUGCAGGCGGCGGCAGCAGCAGCAGCGGUGGCCCAGGCCCAGGCCCAAGCUCAAGCCCAGGCCCAAGCCCAGGCCCAGGCCCAGGCCCAGGCCUCUCAGGCUUCGCAGCAGCCACAGCAACAGCAGCCACAGCCACCACACUUCCAGUCCCCUGGGGCAGCCCCCCAGGGUGGGGGUGGCGGGGACAGCAACCCGAACCCUCCACCCCAGUGUUCCUUUGACCUGACCCCCUAUAAGACGGCGGAGCAUCACAAGGACAUCUGCCUCACCGUCACCACCAGCACCAUCCAGGUGGAGCACCUGGCCAGCUCGUAGAGACCUGUGCUGCCGGCCACUGGGAAGAGGGGGAGGAAGUGCCGGUCCCUCCUUUCUCCAGCUCCUCCCAGUGGGAAAAGUCCUCUUCUUCUUUGACAGGCCACAGCUCCACCUCCUUGGGCCUCAGGCGCGGCCUUCCUUCCCAGGAUACCAUCCUUAUUCUCAGCUCCUCUUCAGAAGGAACGUCAGCCCUCCCGAUGGGCAGAGGAGUACUGAGCUGGUAGCGUAAUCCGGCAGCCUCCCUGCCUAAGCAUAGCUUUUAAAAUUGGGGGUUGGUGCUCAGGGGAGGGGUUUGCUAUGACCUCAUAGAGACUAUUCCAGCGGGGCACUUACUCUCUCCUCACCCUCGUGAUCCUCCAAGCUCGGGCUGAUAAGAGGACUAGAGGUUGGCCCUCCCAGAUGUCAGAGCGGAGGGAGCCCUAAAUGCAACCAGCCUCCUGUUCUACUCUUGCCUGCAAAAGAACAGAGGUUCCUCCCGUGCCCCUGUCCCUGGGAGCCAUUUUCUUUCCCUCAUGACCUCACUUCAAUCCUACCUAAUACCGGAAGGAGGUCUGGGGGUGGGGGAUCAAGGGCUGAGAUGUGGUCCCAAAGGGGCCAGAGAUCCCCAAAAUGGUCAAGGUGGCUUAGAAGUGUGGGUUAUGGUUUUCCUUGGAGUCUCUCCCUUUCUCUGCCAGCCGAGGCCCUGUGCUCUGUCUCCCAGUCCCCAGCCUAAGGAGCUGUGGGUUCCUUAUGAAACCCCACAAGGGAGUGCUGCAGAGAAGGGAGAGUUCAGGGCAAAUGCAAAGACUGGACUUAGCUCCCUAGGUGCCACGGUCAGUUGCCGGACACGGAUUUAUAUAUAAAUAUAUAUAUAUAAAUAUAUAUAUACCCACUCAUCACGGCCAUCUUUGUUGUAACCAUUUCUGUGUUUAUAAAUGCAUUAUCUCAGAAUUUUCAUAUUUGAUGUUUUGUUUAUUUUUGUCCCCUUUUUGUUUUUCUCCACCCUGUCUCCUGGCCAGCAACAUUUUUAUUUUUUUGUCUUUUUUUUUUUUUUUAAUCAUGGCAGAUUUCCGAGAAAAGAAAAAAUGGAAAAAAAAAAAUCAGGAAACUAAGUUGUUAUAAAGCAAUUUAAAAUGAAGAAAAAAAAAAGAAAAAACUUAUGUACAAAACCAAGGGGUGUUUUUAGAACCUUGUAUAGAAAUAAAUUCGUGUAAAAGGA